AUGGGUGACCGUCUCAAGGGUGAUCUCGACUCUGCACCAUCCCUUCAUAUGAGAAUGCUACAGAAAGUUGUUGGCAGUAGGGCAUCAGAAUCUUUACUCUAUAGCUACAAGAGGAGCUUCAAUGGGUUUGUAGCAAAGCUGACAGGGGAAGAGAAGGACAAAAUAGUAGGCACCGAAGGAGUAGUGUCAGUGUUCCCUAAUGAAAAGAUGAAACUCCACACAACAAGGUCAUGGGACUUCAUGGACUUCCCUCAAGAAGUAAAAAGAAGCGCUUAUGAAAGCGACAUCAUUAUUGGAAUGCUUGACAGUGGGAUUUGGCCUGAAUCUGAGAGUUUCAAUGACAAAGGAUAUGGUCCACCUCCAAGCAAAUGGAAGGGCUCUUGCCAAUCCUCUAAAAAUUUCACUUGCAACAAUAAAAUUAUAGGAGCUAAAUACUACUAUACCGAAGGAUCAAUACCUCCACAAGAAGUUGAUUCACCAAGAGAUGUAGAUGGCCAUGGGACACACACUGCAUCUACAGCAGCAGGGCACUUAGUGAGUGGCGCAAGCUUAUUAGGCCUGGGCUUGGGUACAGCCCGGGGAGGGGUUCCUUCAGCUCGCAUAGCUGUGUACAAGGUAUGUUGGGGUGAUGGAAGUUGUUUAUCUGCGGAUAUUCUUGCAGCAUUUGAUGAUGCUAUUGCUGAUGGAGUUGAUAUAAUAUCACUUUCGGUUGGGGCAUCGUUUCCAUUGAAUUACUUUGAAGAUUCCAUUGCCAUUGGAGCUUUCCAUUCUAUGAAGAACGGAAUACUCACAUCCAAUUCUGCUGGUAAUGAAGGUCCUGAUCCUGAAAGCAUCACAAAUUUCUCACCAUGGUCACUCUCAGUGGCUGCUAGCACCAUAGACAGAAAGUUUGUGACAAUGGUGCAGUUGGGCAACAAUAUGUCUUAUCAGGGAAUCUCAAUAAAUACUUUCGAGCUCAAGGAUCAGUGCCCUAUGGUUUACGGUGGGAAUGCACCCAAUUCUGGUUUUGAUGGAAACACAUCCAGGUUCUGCACCUCAGGCUCAUUGAACAAGACUUUAGUGAAUGGCACAAUCGUUCUAUGUGAUCACCUGACUGACGGAGAAACGGCAUUCAAUGCUGGUGCAAUCGGUACCAUAAUGAAUGACGAUGAAGGCCGCACAGAUGGCUUUUCUUUUCCUUUGCCGGCCUCCUACUUGGGCUUUGAAGAUGGCAGUGCUGUUUACCAUUACAUAAAUUCAACUCGUAAGCCAACUGCAACUAUAAAGAAAAGCAUCGAGACUAAAGACAAAUUGGCUCCAUAUAUAGCUUCAUUUUCAUCAAGAGGGCCGAACCCAAUUACAAGCGACAUUCUCAAGCCUGAUUUAGCAGCUCCUGGAGUGAACAUUGUUGCUGCAUGGUCACAGGCUACCACUGUGACAGGAAUAGAGGGAGAUAAAAGAGUAGUUCCAUACAAUAUAAUCUCCGGCACAUCUAUGUCUUGCCCACAUGCUACUGGAGCAGCUGCCUAUGUAAAAUCUCUUAAUUAUGGAUGGUCCCCUGCUGCUAUUAAGUCUGCCCUGAUGACAACUGGUAAUGCUCAUCCAAUGAACAGCGUCACUAACCCUGAUGCCGAGUUUGCAUACGGGGCAGGUCAUCUUGAUCCAUCAAAAGCUACAAAACCUGGUUUAGUAUAUGAUGCCGGAGAGCUUGAUUAUGUGAAAUUUUUAUGUGGCCAAGGUUAUAGCACCAAGUCAUUGCAACUUGUCACUGGAGACAAUAGCAGUUGCUCUGCAGCCAACAAUGGAACUGUCUGGGAUCUAAAUUAUCCUACUUUUGCUAUAUAUUCUCAGACUGAGCAUCCCCUCACCCGUGUCUUUCACAGGACUGUCACAAAUGUUGGUUCAACGGUGUCCACUUACAAAGCAAUUGUGGCAGCCCCUGCAGGACUUACGAUCCUAGUCAAUCCGAGUAUCCUUACAUUCAAGUCAUUAGGUCAGAAGCAAUCCUUUGUAGUUACAAUCACAACCAAAGCACAUAAGAAUUUACUUUCUGGGUCAUUGGUGUGGGAUGAUGGGGUGUAUAAAGUGAGGAGCCCUAUUGUGUCAUUUUAGAAAUGAAAUAUGACAAAAGCAUGGAGUGUUUUGGAUUACAGUGAA